UAAAGAGGGAGUCUCGUAACGUAACUGCUUCGCUGUGUCUUUUGAUCCUUUUAGAUCUUGCACUCCGGCAACGAUGAAUCAAGUAGAAUAUCCAAACUGGGCGGAGCUUCCGCCGGAGCUGACGUCAUCGAUCCUGCGUCGUCUCGGCGUGAUGGUGAUACUGGAGACGGCGCAGAAAGUGUGCAGACGGUGGCGUCGGAUCUGUAAAGACCCCUUGACGUGGCGGAGGAUCGACAUGCGUGACCUGGGAUGCAUGGCAGGAGGCAGCAGUCACGAGCUGGAGAAGAUUUGCCGCCACGCUGUUGAUCGUAGCCAGGGCGGGUUGGUUGAGAUCGAGAUUUGGCACUUCGCUACUCAUGAUCUCCUCAAUUACAUCGCCGAUAGGUCAAGUAAGUUGAGAAGCCUUAAACUUGCAAUGUGCUAUCUCAUAGCAACCGAGGGACUUAUAGAAGUCAUUGCGAAACUUCCUUUACUCGAAGUCCUCGAGGUUUCAUACUGCUCAUUAUCAGGAGAGCCUCUUGAACCUAUUGUCCCAGCUUCUUGUGCAAAUCUAAACACGUUGGAAAACCCUGAUGACGUUGCUCUAGCAAUCGCCGGAACACUGCCCGGACUCACCCACCUUCAGCUUUUCGGGAACAGGUUAACGGACGCCGGUUUAAACGCCAUCCUUGACGGGUGUCCUAACCUGGAAUAUCUCGAUCUACGCCAAUGCAUCAAUGUUAACAUCGUUGGGGAUCUGGAGAGGCGGUGUUACGAGAGGAUCAAUGUUUUGAGACGCCCUAAUGACCCGGUUGAUGAUUACACAUUAGAAGUUGACGACCUUUAUGAUGGCGUCUCUGAUGUCGAUGAAACGUCAGAUGAUGAGUUUUACGAUGGACCAUUCUGACUUUGCACCGUUUGAUCAUUACGGGGACCUGGCCUCUUUUAAUCAUGCUCGUAGUAGUUUCGGUGAACUUUGUGUGUGGUCUUUAGUAGUAUUUGCCUUGUGCCUUUUGUCUUUCUACAAUACCUAAACUCGAUUGAAGUUUCAAAUUAUAUGAUUGGUUUCCUCAAACUUUGGAAUUUAUUUUGCAAGAUCAGAGAGAGCAGGGUCUUGUGCUU